AUGGCUGAGCAUUGUGCCAUCGCCCUAUAUGUCAACAAGAAACUGGUGCCAGCGAUUGCGGAUCAUCUUCUCGAUGUUAAUCCGGUUCCAGACCCACGGGCCAUCCUCUUCGCCUGUAUCGCUGCAGCCUCAGCAGGAGGCCUCAUCGGUGCUCCAGCAGCCUUAUCAUACGCCGCCCCAGCGGUCAGCUACGCUGCUCCCGCAGUAGCAACUGUAGCUCAUGCUCCAGCAAUUUCUUACGCUGCUCCAGCAAUCAGAUAUGCUGCCGCCACUCCUGCUGUUUCCUACGCUGCUCCUGCCAUCGCAGCAGCUCCAGCUAUUGCUCACGCUCCAACAACAUACUCUAGCUCAUCCUUCGUUGCCCAUCAUGCACCACUAGCUGCAGUCGCCCAAGCUCCAGCGAUCUCAUACGCUGCUCCAGCUAUUGCAGCCGCUCCAGCUAUCAGAUACGCCGCCGCUGCUCCCGCCAUCAGGUACGCUGCUACAGCUGUGUCCUACGCCGCUCCAGCAAUUGCAGCUGCACCAGCCAUCAGGUACGCUACUCCAGCUAUUAGAUACGCUGCUGCCCCAGCUAUCAGAUACGCCGCUGCUGCUCCCGCUGUCUCCUACGCUGCUCCAGCAAUUGCCCAUGCCCCAACCACCUAUUCUAGCUCUUCCUUCGUGGCACACCACGCUCCUGUAGCCGUUGCCCAUGCCGCCCCCGCAAUCUCUUACGCCGCCCCAGCAGUUGCCACCGUUGCCCAUGCUCCAGCUAUUAGCUAUGGUGCUCCAGCCAUCGCUGCCGCUCCAGCACUCAGCUAUGCAGCUCCAGCCACCGUCGCUCACGCACCAAUCACUGCUGUCGCCGCUCGCCCACUCGCCUAUGGUGGUCUCUACGGUAGCAGCUACGGUAGCUACGGUGGAUACGGUCUUGGCUAUGGAUAUGGUUCCACCCUGCUUCACCAUUAA